AUGAAGGUCCUUUGCCUCCAUGGAAAGGGCACCAGUGGCGCCAUUUUCCGAUCGCAGACCUCAUCAUUCCGCUCGAGAUUGGCGGACCAGGACAUCGAAUUCGAUUUCCUAGACGGUCCAUUUGAAAGCAGCCCUGCUGCCGGAGUGGACUUGUUUUAUGAUCCGCCUUAUUACUCUUGGUGGCAGCAGAAUGGCUCAGCUGAGGAAGUCCGGGCCGCGGUCGCCGAGUUGAAUGAAUAUAUCGAAGAGAAUGGCCCCUACGACGCGGCAAUGAUGUUUUCGCAGGGUUGUGUUCUUGGUUCUGCUGCUCUGCUUCUACAUCAAGAAGAAACGCCGCAUCUACCGGCGCCUUUCAAAACGGCUAUCUUUAUCUGUGGCGGUCCUUCUAUGUCGAUUCUCGAGGAACUUGGGUUCCACAUUUCCGCCAAAGCGCGUGAGCGGGAUGUGACAUCUAGGGAUGCAUUGACGAAGCAGGCUGGCAAUUCUGCAAUCCUUACGCAGGGCGCUGCUCGUUGGUCGGGACUGGAGUCCCUGAAUGGAGAUCUCUCGGAACAGCAAUUGCGGAAUGAAAUUGAAUGCCCGUUCCGUAUUGCGAUACCUACGGUCCAUAUAUAUGGCUCUAGGGAUCCUCGGUAUGCCGCCGGAGUGCAUCUGUCUGCGAUCAGUACGCCUGAGAGAAGGAAGACAUACAAUCAUGAAGGAGGGCAUGAAAUUCCUCGUGUUAAGGAAGUUAGUGAUACUAUUGCGGAGCUUGUGCGGUGGGCUUUGGCGGAAGAGCCAACUGCUGGCUGA